AUGGCGCCCAAGAGGAAGCCGGAUGGCGAAGCCAUGGUGGUGGAGGACGACUCUACGUCAGCCGACUUUGCCAAGCCGGUGUUCAUUGUUGCGGAGCGCCAGGAUGAGCAGUCGUCCUACUCCGUUUUCAAGAUCGACGGCGAUUGUGUUGCCGAGCCGCGGCGCGCUCGCCCCGUUGCCGGGAUGCCUGGCACCGAGCAUGGCAUGUCCUUUGUCGCGGCGCAUUCCAAGAGCGGCUCUUGGAUUGUCGCUGUGGGCGGUGGGCUACGAGCGGGCACCGUCAUCUUCGAUCCAAGAACAUCCAAGACGUACCGGGGCCCGCGGCUAUCGGAGCCCAAGCACGAACCCGUCCUCAUCUCUCACCGCGGCGAGGUAUACGCCAUCUCACGCCGCCCACGGGUGUCCGGCAGAAUGGACUUGGACCCUUGGUUCGAAUGUCUCAGCUUCAACAAGGGUGCUCCCACCAGGGAAGACUGCCCCGGGGCGGGUUGGGCCUCCUGGAUCGAUCUGCCGCCGCCGCCCUUCUUCCCUUCCGUCCUCAACCCCUACCAAUUCCGCAAUCCACCUGAAAUCUCAGUCACGUCUUAUGUUGCCAUUGGCACCCACAUCUUGAUUUCAGCUCAACAAGAUGAACUAAUGCUCGGCACUUACGCCUUUCAUGUGGUCAACAAGGCGUGGGAGAAGGUCCACGACAAGAACUUGCCUUUCAUUGGCCAGGCCGUUCCCCUUGGCAAAGGCAGCCUCUUUGCCGCCUGCCCUCUAUGUAACAAUGAUGCUGCCAUCGUCUCAGUGUUCAACAUCAAGGUCUCCUUGUCUACCACGGCUCCAUUGUUGUUAACAAUCAAAGAGUUCCCGGCGGUGGUGGCAUCAGAUGGCAGGAUUUGCCGGCCACUCUUCUGCCCACUGGGAAUGGGCAGGUUCUGUUCUGUCAUGCUGGGGGCCUUACUCCAAUAG